AUAAAUAAAUGACACAUAAUCUCAAUCAUAUGCUUCGUAACUUGGAAAAACAAGUGAAUAAUUUUGCUUUGACAAUGAAUGAUUCUACAAACCAAGUAUCUUUAGACAAGCGUUAUCAUAGUAACAAUUCGGAUAAUGUUCCCUUGCAGCAUUACAAGUCGCGUGCCAUCCCUUCUCGUCAUGACAACAGUAUAGCUAUUUGUGAUGAUGAUGUCUGUAUAGGCACCAUUCUUCAAAGAUCAGCCACCGCUCGUCGUCCUCAGCCUGAAAAACCACCUACGCUGAGUCAUUCUCGAUCCUUAAGAACCAACCAUACAAAAGAACCCGUUUCUCAAGAGGAUCAAGAAUUGACUUUAGUCAUGCAAAGAGCUUGGGCAGUCUUGGAUGCUAAUCAUGACAAGAAUCAAGUGGAGCCAGAGGAGCCAGCUCAUAUGGUUAGCACAGCCCGUAUUCAUACGGUGCCAUUAAAGACCUUAACAACUCGAAUUUAUAUUGACGAUGCCAAAAAUCAUAAAGUUGUGCAACUCACCAACCUUUUGACAACAGCUAUGGUUGUACAGUAUUUGAAAAAGAAAGGUUUGCUGGAUACUUCAGAAGAUUGGACCUUGUUUGAAAUUGAUAAUAGUCAUGGCAUUGAAAGACCACUUCGUGAAUGGGAAGUUGUAAUAGAUGUAUUGAGUGUAUGGGAACCUGAUGCAAGUAAUGCUCUCCUGGUGAAGAAAUAUUCGUAUCAUUAUAGUCUCAUUUCAGAAUGCAUUCUGCAGCAAAAGACGCCUUCUAUGCAUGGUUGGCUCUCAAUUGAGUACAAGAAGAACAAAUGGCAAAGACGAUAUUGCUUCAUCAAGGAUGGUGCUAUUCAUCAUGCAAAAGACAAUAAUAAGAGCACAUCAUCUUCUAUUUUGUGUUAUUUGGCAACCUACGACGUUUAUACUUUACUGCAAUCACCCAAGGCAAGCCCUACACCUUAUGUGAUUGCUAUUCGAGCUCAAGAUAGACCGAGUAUUUUUGAGAAUGAAAAUGAUUUUAUGCGGUUUUUAGCUGCAGAAAAUCAAGAAGAAAUGAAAGAUUGGGUACUCAGUAUACGCAGUGCCAAGAGUAUUGUUCAAUAUCAACAGUAUCCCAACCGAGUGGCAAAUCCAUUGGCUCAUAUUUCAUUAGAGAAUGCUGUUGAUGAAAAAUCAACCGUUCGCAGACACAAAUCUACCAAAGAAACAACUAAACCAACAGAAGAACCUAAACAUGUCUCCAGUCUUAGUCGUAGUGAAUCCAGUCGACGAGGAGGAGAUGAAAAGAGACCGUUAGGACGAAAUGCAACAACACGUGGAUUAUCGAGAAACAACUCAAACGAAAACAAUGACGGGCCUUUAAUUGAUUGCUUUGAUGUACCUACAUUCUCUAAAGGCUCUUUGUUGGCUAAAGAAGAACAACAAGAGCAAAUACUCUAUAGACAACAAGAAUCCCAGGAACAAGAAGAGACAAACACCAGCAAGACACUGAUUCAAGUAGAAGACCGUGUUACGUUUGCAAAAGGUUCUUUACUAGACCAAAAAGAACCUAGUCGAAUGACAAGGUCAAAAAGUGUGCGUGAAGCAUCGAGUGCAACAGAAACAGGUGAACAUCGUCGACAUGCAUCUUUGCGAAGAAAGACAACUGCAAGAAGGCAUCAUGAUGUGCCACUGCCUAACAAUGCAGCCAUUGCUUCUAUACCUACCACUGGUUUAAAUAGUCCUAAGCCUACUAGUAAAACAGCUCUUCUUCAGUUGGAUGAUACGCCUGAGAGUUUUCAUACAAAAGAGCUUCAUGGUCGACAUGUCAAACCAUUAAUCAGUUUUGAUGCAAAUGAAAAAUUUUCCAGGAAAUUAUAAAUUUUAUUAUUGAGAUUGAAGAUUAAUAAAAUCAC